AUGCUCGCCGAUCUGCGUGUGCUUCACGUGCCAUCGUCCGACACCAAUGUGCUCCCACCCGUCAUCCUUCAGCUCGGCGCCGACCGCUACCUUUUCAACGUCGGCGAAGGCACCUCUCGCUCAUCCACGCAACGCAAGGCAAAUCUCAGCCGUGUAUCCAACAUCUUUGUUUCGCGAGUAGGAUGGGAGGCAAUUGGCGGCCUACCGGGCGUGCUCAUGUCCAUGGCCGAUGGCCAGCGCUCUAGCGAGUCCCUUCACGGGCCUGAUGGUCUCCGCUACGCCCUCGCCACCAUGCGCACCUACGCAAAGCGAGACAUCAUGAAGCUCAACAUUAACGAAAUUGAAACACAAUCCGGUCUGCCGAAUGCGGACACAGAAGCGCGAACAGCUCCCAUCUUCACCGACGACAACCUAGCUGUCUAUGCCGUGCCCUUACACCCCGCCAGUGCACUUCAACGCGCUGCCAAGAAGCCAAAGCUAGACGACGCCAGCAACAUGCACGUUCCGACAGACAUCCUCGACAAGAUAGAUCAGUCAUGGCGCAGACCGUACUUCAAUCCAACCUCAUUACAAGGCGCAGAGGCCCAAGCGUGGAUCCGCCUCGUCUCCGAUAGCAUCUUCAAUGACUCUCUUCUUCGCAAACGCCAGCAGCAAUCGGCAGGCAUGAGCGAGAACGUUGCAGAGCCAGUCCCAGCACCGAAGCUCACCUCUUCCAUCGACGACGUCGAGAUGGAAGAGGCCGAGCAACCACGCUCAAGUUCAUCAAACCGCAACCGAGUUCCCUCACCAUGGCGUCCUCCACUGUCCCCCGCUUUCGUCACACGUCUUUUGCCUCGUCCGCACAGCGAUACCCGAAACGUCUCAGCGGUUCGUGCUGAUCCAGCAGAGGGUGGUCAGGCUCCCCUUGUCGCCUUCAUCUGCGAAGCUCAUCCUCAACGUGGCAAGUUCGACCCAGUCAAGGCCGCCGAUGCUGGCGUUGCACCUGGCCCCUCGUUUGCAGCUUUGACAAGAGGAGAAGACGUCACCCUCGAGCGUCCCGUAUCUUGGUCAGCUAUGCAGACAGAUGAGAGGAAGAAGUGGAUACAGAGCCAGCGAGGCACCCAACGCGGUGCGAACGGCUCUGCCGGCAGCAGUCAAAAGCAGAACGGGAAGCAAAAUGGCAAGGCUCAGGGCAAGGGAAUGUCAGCCUCGUCACCCGCUGCCUGGAGCGAUCUCGAGCAGGUGAAGAUCAAGUCGAAUGAUGUCGUUGGACCUUCUCGGGCCGGCGCAGUCGUGUUCCAUAUCUACCUGCCAUCCAUCGACUAUCUGGACAGCCUGCUCAGCGAAGGCACAUCCUUGGCCUUUUCUCCGUACACUGCACGUGCAAGUCAACAACUCAGCAAGGAGCAGUCUCGAACUCCCCAUGCCAUCGUGCAUGCUGUCCCCGUCGACGUCCUUCGAGAUCCACGCUAUCAGACCUGGAUGCGCCAAUUCGGUCCCGACUGCCACCACAUCAUCGCCAAUCAAGACGUUUGCGCCAACAUGCUCAUGUUCCCUUCCAGCGCCACCAUUCCGCUCCGACUCUCACAGCUCGACGACGUCAUGUUCAAGGUACCUCAGUACCAGCUCGCUCCACGAGUUCCUGUAUCAGCGUUGUCGAAAGAGAUGGCGAGCGGUACAACAGGUAAAAGCGACGCUCCGCUCAGGCUCGUCGCGGCCGAGGCGGACCUCGUCAUCCCGUUGCAGCCAAGGGGCGAACCGAAGCAUUAUCAAUCGGGCGCACCGGACUUUGACUUUGCAAUCCAGUCGGAACAAGCCCACAAGCUCGCUGCGUUCGAAUUCGACGACGUCGAAGAAUCCGAGCAGCAGAUGCAGCAACUUGCCAAGGCCAAGGCCAAGGCCAAGAACAACACCAAGAGUGGCGUCACACCUUCGAUUGAUGCAGCAGCAGACUCCGUUGGCGCUGUACGCAACAUCCGCCUGCGAGAAGCGCGCAAGCAGGCAUGGCAGGUCUUCCUCGACGUGGUCAACAAGAUCAAGUCCAAUUCUGCCGUCGGGUCAAUGUCGAUACCGCCGGAGAAAGACAUCCUCGUGACUACUUUGGGCACAGGCUCGGCUGCCCCGAGCAAGUACCGCAACGUCAUUUCCACCUUGAUCCAGACGCCUUCGUCGGGCACCAUCUUGCUUGAUGCAGGCGAAUCCACUUACGGUCUACUCCGACGCAAAUUCGGCUGUCGACGAGAUGGAACUGCAGCAGAGAGCGGAGCGCUGCUACCACAGGACGUAGACGAUAUUUUGCGCGAGAUGCGCGUGUUGUUCAUCAGCCAUAUCCAUGCAGACCACCAUAUCGGACUCAUUCGGCUACUGCUGGAACGCAGAAAGCUACAGCCUCGACCUGACCAGCCGCUCUACCUCGUCGGCACCGGCUUUGUCCACAACUAUCUUGAAGAAUACGAGCAGAUCGAAAAGCUUGGGUUGGACGAGGACGUGAUUUUUGUCCUCAACGACCACUUGGAUCACCACACGGGCGUCGACCCUAAUCCUUCCGGUGAUGACGUUCCAAGCGCUGCCGCAGUGAACGGCCAUAGUCGCGGACAACAAGAGGCUCGUCAGCAGCAUCUCGCCCAUGUGCAAGCUAUCAAGAAGCUGACCGGUCUUUCGCACAUCCACACCGCGCGCGUCAUCCACCGGGGAUCGCAUUGCUACGGUCUUGUGGUGCGACACUCUACUGAGAAAUGGUCCGUCGCGUAUUCUGGCGACACGCGCCCCGCACCGGAACUCAUCGCGGCUGGCAAAGGGUGCACAUUGCUCAUCCACGAAGCCACUCUCGAAGAUGGCGAAUUGGAAAUGGCCAUCGGCAAGGGGCAUUCGACGUUUGGAGAAGCGAUCCGAGUCGGACACGAGAUGGGAGCGCAGAACAUCCUGUUGACGCACUUUUCGCAGCGGUACCCCAAGAUGGCAAGGUCGUCGCUGUUUGCCUUGAGCGAGCAGGGCGAGAAGGACGGCAAGAACGUGCCGAUCGCACUGGCGUUUGACAUGGUGACUUAUCCGCUGAGUCAAUUCGAAAAGAUACAGAACUACACGCCCGCGAUGGAGGCGCUGUUUGCUGCGGAUACCGAGGGCGACGAGGAGGAUCAAUCUGUUGCGGCUGGUGAGGAUGUCGGCACGAUCAAUGCAAAAGCGGCGGCUUCGAACAAGGGGCAAGAACAGCGAAAGCAGAGCAACAAGAAACAGAGUAGCACGGGCAACGCAAAUGGGUCGAGCCGAGCUGCGGCGUCAGUCGCUGCUGGUACGCUCGGCGUUGUGGCUGCCACGGACGAAUCAGCUGCAAAAUCGACAGAGGCUCAAGUUGCCAAGACAGACACAGACAAUCCCCUCAGAUACGAUGACUCGCAACGCUCGACCGCGCGCUACAUCCGGAAGGGGAUGAAACCGUGCGAGUGGCGCUACAUCGGCCUGCGCCUCUCCCCCUCCCCCUCGAGCUCUUCUUUGCCCACAGUCCUGCCAACUCUUGUGCUGCAAAUCGUGCAGACGGCUCAAACGGCAACACUGGGCAACAUGGGGGGGGCGUACAAUAUCGACAUUCUCUCGACGCACGCAUCUGCCGCUGACGGUGGGAAAAGCUGGGACGCGGUCCUGCGCGUAGACGCAAAGCACGGACAGGACCUAGCCACGUGUCUGAGCAUGCUUCCGUCUCCCAAGCUGCAGGAUCAGAAUGUGAGACUGAGGAUCGUCGGUCCUACCUCGGCGAUUCAGACGGUGCAGAAUCUGCUCACAUAG